UCACUUUGGAGAGCCACUGGAAGCCAAAAGAGAAAAUGUCAUCCUCCUUUGGACCUCCAAUCUCCUGACCAGUCAUUUUCACUCAAAUACACUCUUCCUUUCUCCCCCACUCUUUAUCUGAAUGUGAUCACAUGCCCUUCCAUGAACUAAACAAAGCAAAGAGAUGAAAGGAGUGAGAGGAAAAUUUCUCAAGAAAUUGAAGUCCAUCCCAACAAUUGGCACUUUCACAAAUGGCCUGCUCUUUCAGCUGAACCCCACAGAAAAGUUCUUCAAUCACAACCAUCAAACACUGUCUCUGCGAGUUCACGAAGAUGAAGAAGAGCUCAAAGAUGAAGAUAUGGAAUUGGAUUUCAAUGUUGGCCACAAGGAGAAUAUUGUUAUACCACCCUCCAUGAAGUCCAAAGAGACAGUGCCUUCCAAUGAUAGCUCGGGGGAUAUGGUCUUGUCUUGCAUCGAUAUGGAGCAUGAAAUUUUUCAUGAAGCAAAGGAUGAUGAAGAGGAAAACCCAUCUUUAUUAGAUUUUGAGGAGAAGUGUCCGCCAGGAGGAGGCAAUUCUGUCAUUCUCUACUCAACAAGCUUGACAGGUAUCAGAAAAACAUUUGAGGCAUGCAAGGCUAUCCGGUUUUUGCUGGAAAGCUUCAAAGUAUCGGUGCAUGAGAGGGACGUUUCGAUGCACAUGGGAUUCAGGGAAGAGUUGUGGAGGACAUUUGGUGGUAGAGUGAUCCCUCCAAGGCUUUUCAUCAAGGGAAGAUACAUUGGAGGAGUUGAUGAAGUAAUAGGACUUCAUGAGCAAGGGAAGCUGAAGAAGCUCCUAAAAGGAAUCCCAAUAGACCUGUCUAACUCCCCAUGCACCGGCUGUGCCAACAUGCGUUUUGUGGUGUGCUUCAACUGCAAUGGCAGCCGCAGAGUCUUCAAAGACGGUGAUCUUGAUGAGAAUGAUGAGCUGCACAUUAGAUGUCCCGAGUGCAAUGAAAAUGGUUUGGUUAAGUGCUCCAUCUGCUGCUGAAAAACUUAACUAGCUUUCCUGUUUCGAUGUUAUAACGUUUCGGAUUGUAAAAUGCUUAGUAUUUGUGAUGCAUUAGCUUGUCUGAAAUAUGAAGAACUAACAAUCUGAUGUUGUAGAAUUUCAGCUGUAAGAAUCUCUGACAUAUAUAGUAGAGUACUUAGUAGUAUUGUUGCGGUCCCACAACCAUGUUAAAUUGUUAUGUUUAUAAUCCUGACUGUUCUGUUUUUAUUUCGAUUUCAAAGCCGAAAGAACUGCAAGUGGAAUGAGUUCUUGAGGUUUUUGGCCAAGUGAGAGGACUUUGUUUAUGC